UUAAUUAUUUCAUGAAAUAAAAUUUUUUACGUUUUGACCAAAAUCAAAACACCAAAGACAAAAAUCUCUCUCUUUUCCUUUCAUCACCGGUCGCCACAUAUCUUUCUCUUCUCUCUCCCAAAUCACUGUUUUAAACAAACAAUCACAAAUCCUCACUCAAUCUCUCUCUCUCUCUUUCGCUGUAUCUUCCUCUGAUUCACUAAAACCCUAACAUCCACAACAGAAAGAACAGCCCUGUUUUUUUCAACGGCGUCGUUUCUGCGUUGCUUGCAAUGUCUGGUUCCGGUGGCGUUUCGAUUGCGAGAAGCCGAGGCGGCGAGAAUCGCUUUUAUAAUCCGCCGCCGAUGAGGAAACAGCAACAGCAACAGCAACAACAACAACAACAACAGCAGCAGCAGCAGCAGAUGACGAUGCAGCGGCGAGAACAAAGGCCCUUGAUUUCCAAGAGUUUGACGGAGAAGAGAACGGAUCACGAGGAAUGCGCCACGUCAUCUCCAUCUUCAUCGUCGUUGAAUAAUAGUAGUAAUAAUAAAGGAAAUGAUGAUAAUUCGACAAAUUUGGGUCGAUUCUUGGAGUUUACGACUCCUGUGGUUCCAGCUCAAUAUUUGCCCAAGACAAGCAUAAAAGGUUGGAGAGGGCAAGAGCAUGGAAUGGAGUGUCCAUAUUUUGUGCUUGAGGAUUUGUGGGAAUCUUUUAAGGAAUGGAGUGCAUAUGGGACAGGGGUUCCUCUUUUGUUGAAUGGGAGUGACUCUGUAAUGCAAUACUAUGUCCCUUAUUUGUCUGCCAUUCAGUUGUAUAUAGACUCGUCAAAACCCUCCCCAUGGCAAAGGAGGCCUGGUGAGGAGAGUGAUACUGAGUCAUCCAGGGAGACAAGUAGUGAUGGUAGCAACAGUGAUUGUCGAAUGGGAAGAAGAGCUAACAAUGUCAUCCAGGAGGCUUGGAGUCCGCCGGAGAUUGCAGAUGCCAAUAUUCAGACAUUGACUAGACUGUCACUUAGAAAUAGAACCGUUGGGGGAUCAUCAAGUGAUGAAACCGAUAGUUGUAACCCUCCUGGUCAGCUUAUUUUUGAAUACUUAGAGCAUGACCAACCAUUUAGUCGUGAGCCGUUGGCUGACAAAAUUUCGGUUCUGGCAUCUCAAUUUCCAGCUCUAAGGACAUACAGGAGCUGUGAUCUAUCACCUUCAAGUUGGAUUUCUGUGGCAUGGUAUCCUAUAUACAGGAUACCAAUGGGUCCAACUCUGCAAAAUCUUGAUGCCUGCUUUUUAACCUAUCACUCUCUAUCUACACCCUCAUCAGCUACUGGCAUGGAUGGGCUGCCCCUUCGAGGCUUUAAUGUUAGGGAGUUUCAUGGUGCCGACAUGUCCUCAAAGCUACCGUUGCUUCCCUUUGGACUUGCUUUCUAUAAGUUCAAAGUUUCCGUUUGGAAUCCUGAUGAAGUUAAUGAAUCUCAGAAAGCUAAUUUGCUUUUGCGGGAAGCUGAUAACUGGCUUAGGUUAUUGCAAGUGGACCAUCCAGACUUCAGGUUCUUUGUUUCCCACAGUACAUACUGCAGGUGAACAAAGGUCCAAGUCAUAACAGAAACUGACCGCUUAACUCGGAAGAGAAUCCCAGCAUCUCAGAAGAUUGACUUCCAAACCUUUUAUCUAGCCCCAUCAGCCUUAGCUCUUACAUAUUCUUGAAAUUGCAUACCCUAUUUGUAGUUCUUCCUCAUGGAUGUGAGAAGACACUUUAUUUUGUAUGGAUUAUGGUGGAUACAAGAACACAGAUAGACAUGAUAUUCCAUUUCAUCUGGUCUGGUGGGCUUCCUUUGACACUCCAUGUUCUUUUAUGAGCUUCAUGGCCCUGAAGAGUUAGAAUCGCUACAACCUCUUAAUAAGUUUGUUUUGAUGAUGAUGAAAAUUUCUAUGAUAUUUGUAUAUACUUGUGCCUUUUGGAGUUUAGUAUGUGUAACAUACUACUUGUACUAACAUUGUUAUAGAGCUUGAUAUUGGAUCCAAACAUUAUGUUUUUCAGUGGAGGUGAAAUAACAUGUUAGCUCUUUCAGCUCA